AUGUCGUCGUCUACUUUGCAUUUUGCUUCAGCAGUAACCAGGGGAUGCCUGUAUGAGCGCAAUCCCAGAAUUCCCAGUUCCAAAUCUCCUGCGUUUUCCAAUCCUCAUCCUUAUCACUGCAAUUACAAUGCGGGAAAUGGCAAAUUGGCAAUGAACAAUGCAAGCUUCAAAACCAAACCCAAAACGCAGCGUCGUCGAUUCUUGUGCACUUCUCAGCUAGCAGAGUAUUCCCCAACUACUUCUGCAGUAUACGGGUUCCUGCUUCUCAGCGGUGGUCUAUUUGCGUAUGCGAGAUCAGGAAGCAAGGGGUCAAUUCUCGGCGGGGUUUCAGGAGCAGCUCUGAUGGGCACUGCUUACUAUCUGAUGCAAACACCAGAAACAAAAGCUAUUGGUGAUGCCCUCGGGUUCGGAUCAGCAUUCCUUUUCGCUUCGGUAUUUGGUAUACGAUUAGCCGCUACCCGGAAACUGGCUCCUGCAGGCCCUCUGUUAGCUCUUUCUCUUAGUGCAUUGGCUGUGUUUGUAUCAGCAUAUCUACAAGAUAGUCACUAA